UAUGGUCGCGGAACCGGUGCAGACUGCAGGCGACAUGUUCAGAAGCUCAACACACUUCAAGGACAGAUAGAUGAGACUAUAGAAGAAAACUGCCUAGUGUCGCCACGUUCAUUCUCUAAUAAUGUCCGGUCUAUUGAUAGCCAUGAAAAAAAUGAUACUGAUUUUAAGUGUCUCAAACUCAAAGAGGUAAGAAUUACAGUGCAAAUGGAUCUUAUUAAACUGUAAAGUUUUUAACAUGCUUUUUGAAAUGUUUUUAGAUAAAAUGAAAAUUUGAUGUAGCAAAGCCUACAGUAUUAGAAGGAGUGCCUUCAUGCACAGCUGUUUAAUGGUAUCAAGUUCUUUUAAUAUUCUAAAUUUGUUUCUCUGAAAAGAGUCGCUGGUCUCAUUUUAUGGAAGGUGCACAGGAUGAGGCUGAGCCUGUCGGGGACAGUAUGCACUGCCAACAUCUUGCUCUAUCUACUUAUGAUGUUUCUGAUUUCCACAAAAGAAACAAGAGAAGAAGAUUGCAUAAGAGAGAUGGGUAUGACAUGUUAAUUGUUAAAUGCUUUAACUUUUUUUUUCAUAAAAAAACAACAACCCAGGAUCAUAUGUACAGUUGCUUUAACCAAUAGGGUCUUAUACUUUAUGAGAUAGUGUUUUGACCUUUCCAAAAUGUCUGAUUUUGUGUCAGUAGAAGUAAGGGAUGUUUUGUUCAGCCAUUAAAAUCAGUGGCAUGUUGGGACUUUUAAAUUAAAGUCUCUUACUAUUUAAAACAUGUCUUUAUAUUUAAUAUGAAAUAUUACCUGAUCAAAUUUCUCUUUUGUUAAAUCCUUUACGUUAACUUUGCUUUUGUUUGUGGACAGCUGGUUGGCAAAAUCUUCAAACGGCUAAUUGACCCACUUUCUAUCAAAUGAUCAAUCUGAAAGUUAGAACGUAGACUCAUUGCCAAUGACAAAACAUUCUUUCAAAAUUUUCAACCCCAACCCUCAAAAUCAAUAUUUCCUGUUUGUCAAGGGGAACAUGAAUGAAAUAUGAUCUCGAAAAAUAUAAUUCCCUAUACCUGCUCUAAAUGAGAUUCUUAAAAAAAAUUUAUAUUGCUUUUGGUGCGUAAUAUUUUAUUUUGUUUUUCUAAGAUAAUUGUUGAAGCAAAUCUGCGGUGUAAAAGCGGAUGGGUCAUUAGAAUAUCAAUAUAGUUCAGGGGCGUGAAAAAAUGCACGGUAGCGAGGCUUUGGGUUGGGGGGAGCACUAUUUGGGAUUCAUCUAAAGUGGGUUACUUCAAUUGUCGAAUUCUCAGCCCCACCCACCAUUGCUAGAUAUUUUAUUUUAUAAAGGAUUUUUAAGAAAAACUUUCUUUCCUGGAGUUGUUUUCUUUUCUUUCUGCUGCCUAUUUACAAUACUUUUUUGUUUUCACAGUUCAUCUGAAAUGUCCGCCAAUAAAUUUCAGGAGAUUAGUGAUGAGUACAUCGGGAUUGACGGCUUGAAGACUGGCAACUCAGUGCAGUGGAAACACCAUCUGUACCCCAAUUCUUCCAUCAGCCAAACUCACCGUGCAGGUGCUAGGGAUCCCGGACCGCAAUGCGCCAGGUCUGCUGUUGAAUCAAACACAUUUGUCAAGUCUCAUGGGUUACCUCCACCACUCUCAAACAUUGGCAGGUCAAAUGGCUUCAAUGCUACAAGGCUGCUGACUCUUCAAGGUUCAUCACUGAAGGGUCAAGUUGACCUCGUGGACCAUGA